AUGGAUGGUUUUUACUUAUUGCUGUAUUUGUCGAUUGCAAUGUUUGUUGGAAGUUUUUUGGCUGGAUUAAUACCUCUUGCAUUCAACAUGUCCGAGGGACGGACACGUUUAUUGAGCACAUUUGGAGCAGGUUUAUUGGUUGGCACAGCUUUGUCCGUAAUUAUUCCAGAAGGUGUUGAAGCGUUAUAUAUUGUUCAUGCUGGAAAGCAUUGGCCGGAAGCUGUACAGAAUGAAGGUAUGAGCCAAAUUGUUUUUGAAAAUCAACGUGAUGUACCGAACCCGUUGAAACGACCUACUGCGUCAAAUCUAGAAGUUUUCGACAAAAAUGAUAUUAGGAAAGGGAUGGCACGACAAGUGCGGCAAAUUCCUGCUAUGGGCAGAAAAGAAAUCAAUGAGCAUGGACAUCUCGAAAAACCAUUUAAUUUCAAUGAAAUAAACCAAUCAAUUGGGUAUUCAUUAGUUAUUGGCUUUUUAUUUAUGUUUCUUAUUGAUCAAAUUUCGAAAUCCUUGUCAUCCAAAGGCGGUGACCGUACACAGUUUAAACUAACAGCAACAAUUGGUUUGGUAGUGCAUGCAGCUGCUGAUGGAGUCGCUUUUGGCAGCGCAUCUGCAACAAAUCGCACUGGUGUGCAAUUUAUUGUCUUUCUUGCUAUAAUGCUUCAUAAGGCUCCAGCCGCGUUCGGCUUGGUCAGUUUUCUUUUGGUGGAAGGUAUUGAACGGUUCAGAAUACGUCGUCAUUUAACUAUCUUCUCAAUUGCAGCCCCAGUGGCUGCACUGGUCACAUACUACCUGAUUGUUGCUGUUGAAAGCGAUAAGUUCUCAGCAGAUUCGGCAACUGGAACACUUAUGUUAUUUUCGGCUGGAACAUUUCUAUACGUUGCAACUGUGCAUAUACUUCCUGAGUUGAUGGAUUCCAACGUCAAAGAUUAUCAGUUAGCGAGCAAUAUUACAGAAGGUAUUAGUCGAGGAUACAGUGAAUCAAAAACAUCGUUAAAGAUCAUCGAGUUAAUUUCAGUUAUCGUUGGCGCAAUUAGUCCGACAUUUUUACUCAGCAGCCAUUCUCAUUCUCACUAA